AUGGAAGAUCCUGAGUCGCCCAAGGCUCCUGGUUUGGGAAAUUCAUUCCUUGACACCACGCCUCCAGACAACAGCGCUGGCCUCACUCUGACAACCAUCCCUAGCGUUGGUGACACGUCUCUUGCUUCUCUUGAGUCUGAACCGGCCAGCCCUAAACAAUACGACCCGCCGGUCAUGCGUGUUCUGGUGCUACUUCGCUCUGAAGACCUGCUUCUUACAGUUCACCAAGCCAAUAAUGACCUUAACCAAUCCGCUGAACUGUUCUAUAACUUGCCAUCUUCAUCUUUGGAGUCUCUGUCUGGAGAAUUGGGAGCUGUUAACCGUGCAUCAGUUUCCUCUAAUCGUUGCCUCGCUAAAAUGACUUCUAUGGCUGUAGACUCCCCUUUUUCCACCGAUACCACAAGGGUUGGCUCGCUUCCAGCAGCCCAUCAAGUGUCUUCACACCCAGGGAACCCUGCAGAGGCCGUUCUAGAUGGACAUUUGCCAACAUCCCUACCUAUGAAGAAUGAGGCUCCAGCUACGCCUACCCUGCAAGAUCGUGCGUUCACCCCAUACUAUUUCCCAUCUUCAACGAAUCAACAAGUCCCAGUGCUACGCAUCCCAGGAUCCCCUCCAUCAGACGUCACCUCAACUGACUCAUCCCAUUACCAUGUUCCUCCUCCCAGCACCUCUUCCAGCUUGGAAGAUGGCUUCUUUCUUACAGACUCUAGCGACUACGGCACUGAGUGCUCAGACUACACGUCUGACGAAGAUGAUCCAAUGGACGACUAUGCGCUCCCUACGGCACCCCCCAUUCCACACGAAACCUUAGGCGACUUCCUUAUCGCCAAGGAUAAGAAGGGCCCAAGUACAAAUGCAAUGCCUUCUUUUAUCCACGUCCUUACUUUCGACGCUACCACCCAUUCGAUGAUUGCUGACCCUCCUAGCUAUGACACCGCCAUCAGUUCACCGUAUCGCGGAGUGCACUUAGCUGCCUCUAUCGUUACUGAAACCUCGGAACACACUGUUCGCGAGGUUAGUAAGGAAAAAUCGAGGUACCUAGCUAAUCGUCCACCAGCCAUCUAUCACUAUAAUCACGCCGACUACCCAUCACAUGUUGUAACGCGGACCGACACGACUUGGAGCCGCUAUUUCGCGUGGAGACGUAUUUGUCGUCUUCACACCGAUCUCCUCAAACAAGUCCAAUCGGCACUAACUACUGAACAGGCUAAAGAUUGUAACGACCAUGACUUAUGUAUCAUCCUCAUCGAGCGCAACCAUGCGCUCCCUGCUUGGGUAAACCGUGCUGCUUUCCUUAUGCAGCAUGCUCCAUUCUGCAAUCCUUUUCUCACACGUCACGAGGCCACCUUUUUGCAUUUGGCUUCUAGCUACCUUCAUUUUUACGGUUAUGGAGACGCGACUCGUGCUAUUGACCAUGUUUUACAGCUGACUGUUCCCGACGAGGACGUGGUCAACAUCCUUCUUCAAGAAUUAUUACUCGACACCUCUACAGCACUCGGAUUAAGUCCGACGAAUCGAUCGGGAAACUCUUAG